UUUGAUCACGGUGGCAAUGGUAUGGGUAAAGAGAAUCUAGGCUGCGUGAGCCAAAGCCCCGCUUUGACUUGUUAUAAAAGCUGAACAUCUGGAUUGCAGAAUCGCUUCCACAAAUAGAGGGCCUGUUGCAAGUCCCGCCUGUCAUUGUCUGUCUCUGCGUCCUCACUCCGACACUCCAGCAGCUCCACAACUUGAUGGAAGCGCGUUGAAGGCGUCAUAUACUCGAAAGAAGCCGCCAGCCCAUCGUGAGACAGAACAUGAGAGCAUCUCAGCUUCCGAAAGGCCAUCUUGGCAGCCUCUCCUCGCUGGCGAGCCCCAUUGAUCCUCACAGCCGCAGCCGCCUCUGUCUCACCUUCAAAAGCCAUUGACUGGUCACGCGUCACGAUCGCUUGGAUGAAGACAUCUUUGAUAAUGAGCAAUUCUCCUUGGUUGUGCCUUGUGAGAUUGCGGGCAAACCACCCGUCUCCAUUGGGAUGUCCCAUCUUCUUCACGUCUUCCGCCAUCGAUGGCAAGCCAGAGGUCAGCAGAAACAGCGCCAAAAUCGCCGCCUGCUCCACAUCACUGGUGAGAAGGGCGCGUAUUUGUUCGCGAGAGACCUUCAGCCUGGGGAUGCAGAAGGGAGGCCCGGUGUCUCUUGUGGUGGUCUCGAAGAAGAGGUCUACUGCCUGAGACGAGAGUCUGCCUAGCGUGUGGAUGAAAAGGGGAGAGGCAAAAGGAGGGGGGCUGAACUGCCACACUUGCCUUAACGAAGCCGCUGUUAUUCCACAUAUAGCUAUGCUAAUGCUUGCAAUAUCCAUAGCCAUCUGGAAGUCGAUGAUGUACAGCUGAAAUGUGCCCUUCUCACCAGCCGCUGCUCCCGCUCGCCACGCAACGCAGACGUUGAAAGGUGAUAAGUCCAGAUGCAUUAUGCCCCACUCAUUGAGCUUGGCCGCCGAGGAAGUGAGAUGAGAGGCGAGACGACGCCAUGCCCCGCGUGGAAUGCAGCUGAAAGGCCGAUUAUCAGCAGCACCAUCACCACCACCACCACCAGCAGCGACAGCAGCUGGCUGGCCGCUUGUGUCGUGGUUGGCCUGGGCAGCACACGCCUCAAUGCGCGUCGCUUCGGCUUCAGAUGAUAGAAAGCCUGAGGCACGACAGCGAACGCCAAUAAGGUCAGCUAGAUUGGCACACACAAAAUCGCCACCCACAUCGCCGAAAGUGCCUGAACCAAAGACAGAUAGAGACUCAGACAGGCAGAUGGAGGGCUCAGGCCAGUCUUCUUACGUAUCUCAGCAGAGAGAAUGAACGGCCCCUCGAAGCCCAGCCACACGUCGUUGAACCGAAGCUGAAACCCGCACGGCAGCUCAUCCGAUAGCAACAGCGGCGGAACAAUGAACUCUGACGGCUCAAGACCAGCCGCCACCUGCUUGCGAUGCAGAUACUCAUGUACCUGAGCCUCCCACCUCAGCGUCCACCGAUGUUGGCGAUAGUCAUUUUCAUCGAGCGGCUCCGUGUUUUGACCAAGAGGCAUGGUGGGUGGUGUCGCCAUCUUGAGCACGGCCCGCUCGCGUAUUGUCUGCGGCUCUCCACCGUCCGUGGCUGUCGUCGUGGAGUGCAACCAUCCUCUCAGUUUGGUGAAGAGCCGACUGAUGCCCAGCGGCCGGGCGUCGGGUCUGAAGAUGCUGUUGCGGCCUGGCUCGAGCACAACGUUGCCGUCGUUGUCCAGCCGAAAGGGCGCCGGCGCCUCCGGCUCGUUGGUUGAUCUGCGGCGCCCCGAGUCAAGAAUGUGGUCAAGCAGCACAGGCACUGACGGAGGACUGGGGGUGUCGGCGGGCUCUGGGGACGGAAGAGCAGCUUCACUUUUUCGCCUGGGAGGCGGCGGGCUCAUCAUCAUUAUCUCUUGUUCUCGC